UAUUGUUAAAUCAUCAAAUUAACAAAGCUUAUCAUCAAAUAAAGUGAGGUUCUGUUUAUAUUUUUGGCUUAACAAACUGGCUGAAAACAUAAUCUCAUUGUUUUUUUUUUGUAUAAACAUAAUACUACAAAGCUAACAGCGAUAAACAGUUAAAAACGAGAAAAUAAAAAAAAAAAAACUGGAGUCAAUCACUUCACGUUUCUUCAUCUAGUCAGUAAUGCAGAAUUAGACUUUAAGAAGCAGCAUCAAAAUACUUCGCAACAGCAGCGUGAACAUAAUAGUUUGACCACGACCCACUUCAAAAUCAGAAGUUGAGUUGCAUACUUGCCACAAUUCAAAUUUUCAAUCACGCCAUUGACUAAUAUAGCUCCAGCAUCCAUAAUUAAAAUUCAAAACUUGCGAAACUCUUGCAUAAGUGCAGAUAAAGUCGUGAAUGAUUCUGACAAAAUCCAACCAAACUUGUAAGACUGUACUUUUUCUCAAAUCUCCUAUUGCCUACCUUAGAAGUCUGCGACAAGAAACGGAUUUGUUUCCAGCAACCGUUAAAAGCCAUACAUGCAUGCAAAAUGGAGCCAAAAAUUAGCAUAUGGGAUUACGAACCGACAUUACCUCGCCAGAUCAUCUGGUGCAGCGUGUGCACGCAGCCUUUCAGCGACCCGCGACAACUGCCAGGGUGUGGUCACUUAGUUUGCGGACCCAAGUCCACAAGCAGCUGUGCCAACCGAGUACUCUACGGUUCACAUCGACGCUGCCCAGUCAAAUCCUGUCAGCGGUCAAUUCCUGAGACGGUCUUUGUGGAGGAUCUCAAGCUUCCGGAGGUAUUGCAAAAUCAGGAGGGAGAAAAAAAACCAUCAUCGAAAAAUACAGAUAACCCAGAAACAAUUUCCGAGCACAUCUGCCAAUCUUCGAAGGAACGGCGUCGGUCCAUUUUUCAAGCGGGAUCUGAUCUGUCGACCAACAGAAUGAAAACAACCGAAUCAGAUAAAGAUGAACGAGUGGAAACAAUAGAAAACAAAACACAAGAUUUUGAACCAGCAGAAAACGAACAUGAGGUUUACAAGUUAGACGAGGAUGCAAUCGAACCGGCAAGAACUGACAAGGAAUCCGAGAGUCCGGAAAAGAAUUUCGAGCAAAGACUCAAACUGAUGAAAAAACGCCACGCAGAAAACCUUGAGACGCAAAGGGUGUACUUAACACAAACUUACAGCGAAAAGAUAAACACUCUCAGACAAGAGUUACAAUCAAAGCUUAAAGAACAAGAACAGAGAAAAGAAGACUUAAGAUUUGAACACACGCAGGAAAUCAGUAUAAGGCAAAAACGUUUUGAAGAGCAGAUUAAAAAGCCAAAAAAGAGCAUCGAAAGGCUGGAGAAUUUGGUGCGGGAGCGGCAUCAAGAAAAAGCAAAGGGUUUGAAGAAAGAUCUGUCGAGGAAAAAAAAUGAAAUAUUAGUUGCAAAACAAAAGUUCGAAAAGGAAAAACAAGAACUGGAAAGCCAACUGUUCAAUCAAAUAGAGACACUGGAGCAAGAAAGAAAGACGCUGGAAAAAAAAUGUGAAGAAGAAAAAAUAAACUUGGAAUCCGAAUGUGAGAAGCAAAAAGCGGCAAAAGAAGAAAGUCUCAAAACAGAACACCGGACAGAAAUUUUGAAAUUGAAGAAAACUACUGAUAAAAAUUCCGACAGUCAAACUCUUGUGAUUCAAACCCCUGACGACAAUCAAACCCCUGUCGACAAUCAAACCCCUGCUGACAAUCAAAACCUUGUGAACGCCAACUUCGAUAUGAAUAAAUUGGAGCAGGAAAAGGAGCUCACAAAAUUGCGCGUCGAAAUGGAUGAGAUGAACCAAACGAUCAAAGACAAAAGCAAGGAGAUAAGCGAACUAAAACGCAGCUUCAAAGACUUACAGGCAAAACUUGCUAUGAUGGAGAAACAGUGCGGCUCCAAAGAAAUGCUGGCACAAAUUGCAAUGAUGGAGAAGCAGCAGGAAAGAAAAUUUUCAAAUCAGUUCAAAAUCUUAGAGACCGAAAGAAGUAGAUUAGAAAUUGAAAUUGAGAGGAAACAGGACCGUGAGAAAACGCUAGCGCAGCAAAUUGCUACAGAAGAAGAAAAUUUGAUGUUAAGCGACAUGUCAGAUCUUUCAAAUGUGAAGGAGCCGAAAACAUCCGACCACAAGAAAUCCAAAACUCAAGAGAAAAACUUCGAGCAAGAACUCAAACUGGUUGAAAAACGGCAUGCAGAAGAACUAGAAACACUUAAGAACAAGUUAGAUCAAGAUUACUGCAAGAACUUGUACAACCUCAGACGAGAAAUGGGAUCCCAUGAAGAUCGCAGACGAGAAAUGGGAACAGACAAGGAAAAGGAUCUGAAAGCCAAAUUUGAGGAUGAGAAAACGGCAAAAGAAAAACGUCUGAAAAGAAAGCAACAGACAGAAAUUUCGAAGCUGAAGGAAUUUGCUGAAUGUGAAUGGAGGAGUAAAGCAAAAUCUGAGCUUAUUGAGUGUGCGCAGAUGAAUUUCGAUCUGAGAUGUACCCUCGAAAAGCUCACAACCUUCCAGAUGAGAUCCUACCCAUGGUGCACUUGGAUAGUCAGUGUUGCAGAAAUUGGCUGCAACUACACUAUGAAAAGCAGACCCGGGCUAGGAGAUAUGGCUCAAUGGACGAAUGAGCCUAACUGUAAAUACAACUUGAGAGUGUAUUCAGUAACCACAACAGAACUGACCGACAGAGGAGGAAUUUGUUCAGAUGAAGAUGAAGAGAAAGCUCACAAGAUAGUGGACGAUGUGGGGCAGAAUGCAGAUAAAGACAACUACAGUUUGGACAGAGUGAUUGACGAGGUGGAGUCGCGCUUCAACCAAGAUGCACUGCACUGGCUGGUCAUUCAAGUUCGCGAUCGAAACUCUGGUUUCGCUGAUUCUCUUUCGUCUGAUGGGACUAAUAUUAGCUCUGUCUACCGAAAAGGAAACAAAUAUACUAUUGAUGUAAUCCUCUCCAACUGAGUUUCAUCCGUAACCUGGACUUCCUGUUAUACUUAUCUCUAUCGCCACUCCAACCGCUACAUACUCACCACGCCAAGAUUACCCUUAACUGACUUUCUUAGGUCAAAGCCAGAAUUUCUCAAGACAAUGCCGUCUUCUAAUUGCCACCCUUCUAGACAUGUUACCCCGCGUCUUAUUGUUCUCUAUGUGUCAAUACUUCCGUUUUAAACGCGAACAAUCAUAACCCAUUACAAAAAAGCAAGAGGUGCUGAUUUCAAAAACAAUAAAAUUAAUAGAUAUUUUUAGACAUAUUCAGCUAUUCUGAAACUAUGCUUCCAAAAUCCAUUCUUCAAAAUUGCACUAUUAGUACGCAAUUGCCAAUAUGAUGAUGCUAAAUUCACUAAUAAUGCGACGCUAUUCUCACUAAUAAAAUGUCAAGAUAUUG